AUGCAGCCCCAGCAGCAGCACUACACGCUGCAGCAGCAGCAGCAGCAGCAACAGCAGCAGCAGCAGCAGCAACUCCCUGCUGCCUGCGGAAUCCCUAUGGGUGCGCUGGGGUCGCCUAUGCAGCCUUGCGACAUGACUUGGGGUGCAGCAGCAGCAGCAGCAGCAGCAGCAGCAGCAGGGGGGGCCCCGAGUAUGCCGCUCCCUUUCGUUGGGACGCCUCCCGCAGGAGGAGCAGCAGCAGCAGCAGCAGCAGCACCCAUGUCUGUGGAAGCAUACGUAAACUUCGCAAAGCAGCAAUACACCGCACAUUACUUUCAAUCUGCUUUUGCUUCUGCAGGCUGCAGCAGCCCCGAACAAGCAAUGCAUGUUGCUGCUGCAGCGAUGCAGCAGCUACAGAACAACGGCUUCUUUGAUACGCUGCGGCAGUCCUAUGCGCAGCAGCUGCUGCAGCAACAGCAGCAGCAGCAGCAAGCAGCAGCAGCAGCUGCUGCUGCUGCUGCUGCCUCGCAAAUCUCCCACCCCUGGCAUCGCCAGCAGCAGCAGCAGCAGCAGACUGAUGCAGCAACUCCACUGCCCCCGUGGCACCAGCCGCAGCAGCAGCAGCACGCAGCUGCAGACAGCUCGGCUGUAGCAGCAGCUGCUGCUUCCGCAGCAGCAGUAGCAGCAGCAUCAGCAACAGCUGCAGCAACAGCUGCAGCACCAAAAAAGCAGCAGCGCCUCAGCAUUGUGAUUAAGUCGCGCACCCUCCCUACUCCUGGUUCUGCAGCAACCCCCAGCAGCAGUGCUGCUGCUGCUGCUGCUGCUGCUGCUGCUGCCGCAUCAGCUGCAGCAGCAGGCUAUGGAACACCUUCUGCUGCUUCUGCUGCAGCGGAGACCUCUCCUGCACCUUCUGCUGCUUCUGCUGCUGCUGCUGCUGGGGAGCAGCAAACAACGAGACCGCUGCGCAGGCGGCGUUUCGAUGUGCUUGGCACGCCAGCCUCUGUUGCUGCAGCAGCAGCACAGCAGCAGCAACAGCAGCAGCAGCAGCAACAACAGCAGCAGCAGCAACAGCAACAGCAACAUCACCAGCAGCAGCAACGAGAUUUUGCUGACUUUGCCGGCUGGAUAAAUCGAGUGUACGCGCACUACUCGGGUAGUUUAUCAAAUGCAGCAACAGCAGAAAUUGUGUUUGGCUUCGUCAGCCGCCUUACUGAAGAAUUUAAACGCGGCUUCGUCUCGGAGACAAACUUUGCUGCUAAACCUAUACCGACUGUCGCAGAGAUGCAGCAUAAACUCAGCAGCCCUCCCUGCAGCAGCAACGACAGGCAGCAGCAGCAGCAGCAGCAGCAGCAGCUUCAGCAGCAUCAGCACCAGCAACACCUGCAACAGCAGCAGCAACAGCAAAGAGCGCUCUUCGUCGGACGCUCUGUUCAUUCAGCAAUGAUGUAUAGGCGGCAAGCGGAUAGCGAGACAGCGGCGCAGCAGCAGCAGCAGCAGCAGCGGCACCAGCAGCAGCAGCAGCAGCAGCAGCAGAGUCAAGAAGGAGAUCAAGGAGCCGACAGCAGCAGCAGCUUCUCAGGCUUCUCACCUGGAUAUGCUGAUAAGAAGAGUUUAUAUAGAAAGUCUGAUGCAGCAACACGAAAAGCUGCUGCUGCUCUCUAUAAGAACAAAGGCAGAGGAGUGAAGGGCUUAGAGGGUGUUAACACAGCAGAAGAAAGCAAACGAAGACAAAACCGUUUAGAGCGAUUCAAGCAGCAGCAGCAGCAGCAGAGAUCAGCUGGAGCUGCUGCAGCCUCGACGCCUUUGUCUUGGGCGGAGAAGCAUCAGCUAGCGAAGAGCACAGAAGCAAUCGUAGGAUAUUCUACAGACAUUGAGAAGCCUUACCUUCGGCUUACUAAUGCCCCUGACCCUGCUACUGUGCGUCCCGAGCAUGUGCUGCGUCGCACAUUAGCGCAUUUAUUAUCGGUUGCAUCGGGUAAAGAGUAUCGAGGAGAAGAAAGAAGAGAAGGAGAAGAAGAGAAAGAAAUAAUGAAGAGGCGUUGGAUAUACUUAGAUGAGCAGUUUCGUAGCAUGCGUCAAGAUAUAACAGUUCAGCAUAUUGCUAAUCUCUUCGUCUGUAGUGUCUAUGAAGCAAAUGCACGCUUAGCACUACGCUUCGGAGACUUAGGACAGUUUAAUCAAUGUCAAGCGCAGCUCAAAUAUCUUCAUCUUUCGCUCAGCUUACCGCCAAAUCAUCCCCAAAGAGUAGAGUUUCUUUGUUAUCGUUUGGUGUACUUAGCGCUUCAAGGGAUGCGUCUUGAGCUCCUUCGUCUUUACAGAGAAGUAUCAGCAGAAGAACGACAGAUAAAAGAAGUGCAGCAGAGUUUAGCAUUGGUCUUGAGUUUAUUGUCAGGAAAUUUUCUACGGUUUUUCAGACUGUCUCCUGUCUCUCCUUUCGCGAUUAAAGAGCUCUGUCUUCUGUUUUAUUCAAAGCUGCAAGUGCAGGCGCUGCUGACUAUCUGCAGAACGGCGUGUUUAGACCUCAGCCUCGAGCCCAGCAGCAGCAGCAGCAGCAGCAGCAGCAGCAGCAGCAGCGACAGCAGCAGCUAG